AUUAUAAUAAUUCUUUUGGCAAAAUAUAAUCUGUUAGUUAAGAUUUCAAAAAUCUGAAUUAACAAUAAAGAUACAUUAUUUUGUUCUUGAAAUUAACUAAAAUGUUUGAAAAUAAUACAUAUUCAGCUAACUGGGUGGGCCUAAUCAGGUACCGGGCACACUUUGAUUUGAUGGCAUAUAGAGAAGGAGAUUAUUUUGACGUGUACAAGGGGAAGGCAUUUAGCUGUAAAGAUUAUAUUCCAAGGUCGGUAGUUGUGAAGGGUAUGCGGCAUUACUGUGGUGAACAAGAGGAUUUUGAGAUGUAUAGAUUUUGCAGUGAACAGAGCCGAAAAAUAGCCAUUCAAUUCAACAAACUUUCCACAGUAUUUCCAUGCAAGAUACGUUUUGUUGUCCCUGCAGUUACACAAAUCGACACAAGAUCUACCGUAGCCUUCGGCAAGAAAUUCAACAAAGAUGAAUAUGUUGCCUUUGAAGAAAAGCUUGAAGGAAAUUUUACCACUUUCAUUGACAAAAGGGGAAAUACGUUGGAUGGAAAUAAAUGUUGUUUGAUUUUAGAAGCAUUUAGUCAUUAUUCUUUCGUUGUUUCGGAAGGAAAUUUUGUAAUUUGUGGUCUCCAAGGUGUAUAUAGAAAGGACAAAUCAGAAUUCAUCCUAACCAACCCGACAAUACAUUCGAGAGAAGGUAAAUUUGGUCCCGGAGACAAGCGAGAUCCGGGAAUAAGAGAUGUUACACAGAAUCAUACUUGUAAUAAGUUUUGCCAAAUGUUUAUGAAUAAACCAUCAAAGUCUGCGACAGAACUUGAAAAUGAAUUUGGAGAGAUCUGAAUGAAUCAAAUUCAGCUGAAGCCUUUACAAGGAGAUGAUUUGUUUAGACGGGCAGAGAUGUUGGUAUCAAUCAGCGAUAUAGAGCAUGCAUCAGGCAUCGGUGGAGAAAAUGUGUACACAGUUGAAAAGACUGGAAAUACACGAUAAUUCACAUGGCCUGUCUUUUAAAGAGGGACAAACGAUUAGUAACAGUUGCAUUUUUUGUGUUGGUUUGGCUAACAUUAAAGUGAGGAAGGCGUUUGGUGGGUUUGGAUUGUUUUUGUCUCUAUUUCUGGUGUGGUUGGCUGAAGAGGUGCGAGUAAAAAUAAAAUGGCAUUAUGACAUUUUCGUUUAACUCAAUCACAUAGAAAACCUAUAUUUUACAUAUCCACAGCGAGGUCUCCCUCCACCAGUAAAUGACCUUUUAAGUGUUGAUAUGACUGUUACUAUAUCAAAACAAUAAAAAGAAACACGCCCGCGGCUAUUUUAGAAGGGUAACACACAUUGGACCACAUUUAGGAAAUGCAACUGCACCUGGCUAUUUCAAACAGUUGAUACAUUAAAUACAACUGAGCCUAAUUAUGAUGAAAGCUUGAAGAGUAUUGGAACAAGUCUUGAGUCUGCUUCCUGGGGCUAAACAAGCACUAGCGUUAUGUGAGGAAACAGAAUCAUGUCACUUUCGUGAGAAGGUCUUGUAGACACAGACUUUACACUGACAACUGCUACACAUACAUAUACAUCAGUUGAAAUACAAGCAAUAGAUUAUUAAUGAUGACUUCUUCCAAAGAUUUAAUCUUCUUAUUACUAUAUCUUAUAGCAAAGCUUUUGUUUUACAUCUAUAAAUAGAAAUACAGUAAAUAAAGUUUAUGUAUUAUA